CUCCUGUCUCUCAUGUACACCGCAAUUAUGUGACAACACGACGCGCAACCUGUACCAUGUAUUUUCUACAACCAUUAAAAUAAGCGCAUUGGUGUGGAUCGAUCUUAAACCCUUCAAGCAUUACCUCCGCAAAUUUGCCAAAUCUGUUUCGUUUCAUCCAAAACAUCUUCUCGAUGCGGAUUGAUAGGGCUGUCGUUGCCCAGUCAGCAAUGAUGCGGCCACAGCCGCGUUCGUAAGGCAUGGACAAUUUAUGAAACGCGGGUAACAGUGGAACCAGGGCCAGGGGAAGUGUAUAAUUGAGGCGAGCGACCUUCAACGCGAUCGCCGCCAAUUUCUGUACCAUAUCUCGAUCUCUCAUAGAAGCGCUUCGUUCUGCGUAUAUUGCCAGUCACUCGUUACGUUCUGGUUUCCAUAUUACUACUCCUGCUGCUCUUUGUUUGUUGGAUCGCUGUUGAGACUGUGUGAGGCGUACAUAUUAUUUAUUUGAGGAGCUGGCGAGAUGAGCCAUGGGUCGAGAAUAUCCCCAAGGGCCAGUACCGAUUCAUAAACACGGGUUGCCAGAUCAAAAUACAGACACCUCCCGCAGGGGCCUUCGAGAAGAUUCAAUUGCCCGCCCUGUCGAUGCUCAUUCAAGAUCACUGUCACCAAUGUCUGCCGCAGCCAUGAAUAGCGUGAAGCUAGUGACGAACAAAGACGACGAUGAUGUUGGCCAACCUUUAUCCAAACCUUCUUCUAACCCGUCGAUGGACUCUAUGAAAGUCGAAAAGCAGAGAGGUGGUGGGAAUAACAAUGCCGGUCCUGGAGGAAAUGGAACCAACACUGAAAACCGACCCAAUGCCACACCCUCCACGCCGGUGGACUCGCGCUUGGGAAUACCUCGGGUUUCGUCUGUGCGAAUGAUAUCCGCCGAAUUUGGUGGCACCAAGAACUAUCCCCCCAACAUCCCCAUCGCCGAGGACAACGGUGGCGGCAGCAACGGCUCGACGCCGAACGGGCAAUGGAGUUCCGCCGUAGGCCGUGCUAAUCUCGGAAAGAGUGGACGAGUCAUCGAGCGCCUGAUGGGGGAGAACGACAUGUUAAAGCGGGACCUCCAGAUCGAGCGACUGCACCUCGAAGAAGCGCGCCAAGCCGUCAAGAUGACCGAGGAGCGCAUCAACGUCAUAGAAACCGACUAUGAGGGCCGCCUUCACGACGCCGCCAUCAACAAGACUCUACUCAAGAAGCGUGAGAGACAGCUUGCGGAUAUCAAGAACCAUAUCGACGCCGAGAAACGCCGGGCCGACGAAGCUGUUGACCGGGAGCGCACGUGGUGCGAGGCGAUGGAGAGGCUGGAGAUCGAGUCGAAACAGAAAGUCGAUGAGGCGGCCAACUAUGCGCUGCUAAUGGAAGGUCGCUAUAAGGCACUGACGAACCACUGGAAGGAGCAAGGCGAGGUGGUCGACCGUACGGUGCGCAAGCUGGGCGGCGAGAUCACCGGGCUGGUGCAGGAGCGGUUACGUGAUGGCGAACGUCUGGAUGCGCUGCAACAGCUCUGCAAUGAGCAACGGGAGAACCUGGCGCGUUUGCAAGACGAGAAUAAAACAAUUGCUGAGACGUCGAAGGCGCAUAGGGAUGAGCAGGAUGCCUCGCUUGCUGGUAUCAGGACUAAGGCACGCGCGCAGGAGAAGGCUAAUGAAGAAACCCUCGCCGAGACGAAGGAGGCGCUCCACAAGCUAAAGUGGGCGCUCGGGGUCAACAAGAACAGGGGCGCAGAUUGAAGGGGGGGGGACUCUAAUGGAACCUUUUUAACGACGGGAGUUUUGUUUUGUAACGACGGCACAUAGGGAACUUACAACACCACACACACUUGGAAAGGAUAAUGAAAUUCCAAACGAAGGGGGACUUUUUAACGACUACUAUAGAACAGCAUACAGCAUAGUGUGGCGGAUUGGCUAGGCACUGGUAAUGGAGAGGGAGACGACAGAUACGGGACCUACUACCUAGCAGAUAUGGGAACCCUUGGGCGGCAGGCAGGCAUCGUUGGCGUUUAUAACAAGUUGGCAAGGAUGGAUAGGCUUUUGCCGUACUUUAUUUCAAUCCUGUGUGUAUACCCGUCUGUUUAAUGGCUUUAUUUUUCUAUAUGUGUGUUGUUCUCAAUUUUUAAUACAGCUUUGAUUAGCUUCUUAAAUAAUGUAGCAGCUCUAGGGGGAUGGAGUGGUUCUGCCCCCACAGUACUGUAUAAAUCGAUUUUCUAGUCUCAAGCCAUUUUUCUUUGUCUGUUGCAUUUCUUUGUUCUCUAUUUCUUUGUCCUUUGUUGCCCUCUUAGACAUUCUGUAUAUGCCUUGUCGCCUCAGUCCCUUCAAGCAAACUACCACAAUGCUUAUGGGCUUGUUCUGUUGCCCUGGUAUUUCACCUCCUCCAUCACCUCCAAAAUUCACAAAACACAGGUUGACCUUUCUCAACACCUGAUUUUGCAAUUCUGUUACAUCAACUCCUACUUUUGAUACUUGCAGGCUUAUAUAUACGCUUAUACUUCUGCAAUCUCGCCGGAGGGUCUUUGUCCCCACAAGAUCCCCAACAAUGUCACAUUACGAUUCCUUCUCCUCACAGUACCAGGGGACAGCCCCAGCUGUAUUCUACUAUACCAGUCCCUGGACUGUCACUCCUGCUGCGAAGGACCAGCUGGAGGUCAACUUUACCAUUGCAAUUGAAGGUCUUGGACUUACUGCACGACUGAGCUACGACCAUGACAAGCACUUCUUCAAGAUCGACUGUCUGCCAGCGGAGAAGGCGAUUGUGUAUACCAUGUUCUCCCGGGUGAUUGACGCCUUCCUCAAGGAACAGGUUGGGCCAACUGUUAAGAAGGAGAGCACUCUGGCCACGAAGAUCGGACCGAUCCCCUUUGGAGU